AUGUCGAGCAGAUUCGAACGAGGACUCUUCGCAUACGCUUCAGUUUUGACCGCUCCCUCAGAAAUGGUAGCUGGCUACACCCAUCUCUUGAAGACGCAUUUUCUCCAAGAUCUACCUACACUUGAAGAGGAACUCGAGCGGAUCAAUAUGGACAUCAGCCCCAUGGAUGACCUUCGCCGCGGCUACUACAGACGCUUGGAGCACUACCGCUUUCUCUACACCGUUCAGCGGAACCGACUCAUCCUAGAUGGCAUCAACCCGAACGCCCGUGCGGAUCCCGAAAUAUACCCACAAAUCCAUGGAAGGCUCGCCCGUGUGAGGCGGAUGAAGGCUACGAUUGCGUUCGUAACUAAGGGCCAGGUGGAUCUACAUCACGGAUGGUUGAGUGCGAAUACGAGGAGGAAUAUCAUUCUACAGAAAAUGGCUCUUGAGGUUGGAGGUGAUGGGACUGAGGAGUUGAUUGAGUAG